AUGCUAAAAACUAAAGACUUGGUUCAAUUUGCCUUGACUGAUUUAGUUGUUCGUGGUCUAGUUCAAGAAAAGAUUAUAUUGCAAAAAUCAUUUGAAGGUAGUAAAAGUUUAUCUAGCUGUAUUAUUGUAAUUGGAGUAGUAUCAGGUACACAA